AUGGAAUUCCCUCCUAAAGUCAUUGAUUGGAUUACUAAUUGCUGCUCGGAUACAAGAUAUUCCAUCGACAUCAACGGAAGUUUGAUUGGUUAUUUCAAAGGUGCCAAGGGGAUUAGACAAGGAGACCGUCUUUCUCCCAUUUUAUUUGUUCUGGUAAUGAACUUUCUGUCCAAUCUGCUCAACACUGCUACUAAUAAGGGGGUCUUUGCUUUCCAUCUAAAAUGUAAGAAAAUCAGUCUCACCCACUUGUCUUUUGCCGAUGACUUAUUAAUAUUUUGUAAAGGUAAUAUAGAGUUUGUAAUGGGAGUCAUAACUGUUCUGGACAGUUUCUAUGAGUUACCUGGGCUGAAACUUAAUGCAGGAAAAUGUGAAAUCUUCACUACUGGUUUAUCUAUUCACAUUCUUUAUACUAUCAUAAUCUCUUCUGGCUUUAAACCUAGUAGACUGCCUAUCCGUUACCUGGGAGUUCCUCUAGUCACCAAAAAGCUCACUGAUAAAGAUUGUCAAGCCCUACUCGACAACAUCAAGAAUAGACUUCAUCAGUGGUCUAGGAAGAAAAUGAGUUAUGCAGUGUUUCAGACGUAUAUUGAAAUUAAGAUGCAUUGCAAACCUCUGGUUGUUUCUUCUUCUGCUAUUAAUACGAAGGAAAUUUGGGAAGGUAGUCGGCCAAAAGACAACAAAGUAACUUGGGAAAAACUGAUCUGGUUUCCCCUUCAUAUAACGAAGCACAGUGUGAUUUCUUGGAAGACUUUAUUAGAUCGGCUUCCCACCAAGGACAGACUGCAACGCUUUGGUCUGGUUACUAAUACUGAUUGUAUUUUCUGUUCUGAAGCUAAUGAAACACAAAAUCAUCUAUUUGCCAACUUUUUACAGACAUCUUCAAUCUGGAGGUCUCUUCUUCAACUUUCUGGUUUGAACAGACCAUCAUUUUCAUGGUACAAUUUGCUGGAAUGGGCAGUCAAUACAUGGAAAGGUAAAUCUAUGAUUUCUACUAUUUUGAAGCUCUCUUGGUGA